AUGACCAAGUCACUGCCCAAUCUCACUGCUGGGUGUGAGAUCCAUGCAGAUGGCAGCAUCAGAGGGCUUCGCCAGUGUGCCUAUGACAGAGUCAACUACAUCACCUAUGCCUUAGAGACCAACACCUGGACGGCCGCACAUCACAUUGCCAUCAUCACUAAGCACUCCUGGGAGGCAGAGGUGGUCAUUGAAAAGCAAAGGACGUUUGAGCUGGAGCAUGAGUGCACUUACUUCCUGAAGAGGUUCAUGGAGGAGUCCCUGGUCACAGAAUUGGAGUCUCUGGAAGCUUGGCCUCUGGGAGAUGGCACCUUCCAGAAGCGGGUGGCUGUGGAAGUGCCCCCUGGACAAGAGUCAAGAUACACCUGCCGUGUGGAACACCAGGGGCUGAACCAAAUACUCACCUGUAUUUGGCAUGGAAGGACGCUUCCUAUGGUCGGAUGGCUGGCGUUAGUCCGCUAA